UUUUUCAGCAAUGAUCAUGCUCAAAGAACCUCUCAUCAAAGAAAGGGAAGAAGCAUUUGAGUUGACACAGAAUAACUCGGACUUGCUAUUCAUUCAUGCUGCUCUCUGUUCAACUGCUUAUGGGUUACAAGCACAGCUCUUUGCUUAUCCGUUCAACUCGCCAAAGUACUGGUUUUUACUACAAACCCAGAAGAACACGCCUCCACUCGUGACGGUCGCUCAAGAUGGUGAUUUCUUCGACAAAAACAUAUUUCUAACUGCUUUGAGACUAUUUUUCGAGAAAACCAGCAUCUUGAGAAUAGAACACAAGCUGGAAUGUCUUGCCGAGGCCCAUCUCAUGCAUGAGAUUGCCAAGUACGUGAUGCAUGCUGAAGGUCACCGACCGGGCACUCGUCACGAACACCAUGUAUUUUUCAUGACCGCCGAUCAAAUCGACAGAGUUCAAAAGAUCGAGUGUACACUACCGUAUGGGUUUGAAAAUUCGGAACUUAAUGUCGAAGAUGCAGAAGAGAUCAGUAUAUUAUCAGAAACCAAACAAACAGUCGAUUCAAUCAGACGGAGGAUUGAAUACUUGCCAUCCGCAUGUAUAAGACAGAGUUCAUCUGGGAAGGUAGUGUCUCGUGAACUACGGUCAUUUUCUGGAGCCAUGGUUGAUCAGUAUACCGCUCCCGACUAUCGCCGGCAAGGACUUGGCCAGACUGUUGAAAUUAUUCUCGCCCAGAAAAUCAUCACCCUCGACGAGACACCUUUUAAACUGGUGCCGACCUAUCUGACGUCCAUACUAUUCUCCUCGCAAGAGUCUCCAUUCUGGUCGAUUUGGUCGCGUAACAAUUUACCAGUCUCAUUUGUGAAGCAGGCGUUCAAGAAGCUUUCGUAACUUAUCUCGCUAUGCUUUACAAAAAAUGGUACUUUCGAUACUCAUGCUUAGAACAUGUAGAUAAU